AAACGAGCAACUACCGCGAGCGAGUCAGACGUGCGCAGACAUACACAGAAGAGUACACACGUGACACCUAACUGCCUUUGGGAGCAGAAUGUCUGUGAAUGCGCCCAGCAGCAGUGAUGCAUGUUUAAGCAUCGUUCACAGCCUGAUGUGCCACCGCCAGGGAGGAGAGAAUGAGAGCUUCGCCAAACGUGCCAUCGAAAGCCUGGUAAAGAAACUCAAAGAGAAAAGAGACGAGCUCGACUCCCUCAUCACUGCUAUCACCACAAAUGGAGUUCAUCCAAGCAAGUGUGUCACCAUACAAAGAACGCUGGAUGGACGUUUACAGGUGGCUGGGCGGAAAGGUUUCCCUCAUGUCAUAUACGCUCGUCUGUGGCGAUGGCCGGACCUUCACAAGAAUGAACUCAAGCAUGUCAAGUUCUGUCAGUAUGCAUUCGAUCUGAAGUACGAUAACGUGUGUGUGAACCCCUACCACUAUGAGCGCGUGGUGUCCCCUGGGAUUGUUGGAUUCAGUUUGCCAAACACAGGCAGGCUGAUAAAAGAAGAGCACAUACAUGACUGCAUCCAGAUGGAGGGUCCGUCGAGUAUGACCUUACAGCUAGACCAUCAUCCUCCAGAUCACUACAGCCCACAGCCGCUGAGACUGAUGUCCCCAGAGCUGCCCCAGCGGACCACUUCCUCGGUCACUCUCUACCCCAGCCUGCCCCUCUCUCCACCCUCAAGUGCAUCCAGGUUGUCAAUGCAGGUGGAACGUCCUGAGGGACUGUUGCCGAUCGCAUCCCCAGCGGGACGGGCCUUGACCUCCAGCUCUCCACCUUCCACCCCAACACACAGUCACGCACCCACACACAGCCAGACUUCUUCCCAGCAGCCCUCCGUCAGCCAGAGUGAAUACAGCACCUCAAAGCACACACAGACACAGGGAACUUACCACACAACAACCUGGACAGGGACCAGCACAGCCUCCUAUACUCCUGCUGGACCACAGCAGAAUGGGCGGAGUCAUCAGCAAGCCCCUCCCCCUCACACUAGCCACUUCUGGUCUCAGCAUCACACACCAGCCUCAUACCCUCAACCAGUUUCUAACCAUCCAGGCCCAGAGUUCUGGUGCUCAAUCUCUUAUUUCGAGAUGGAUGUGCAGGUCGGGGAGAUGUUUAAAGUUCUAGCCAACUGUCCUGUGGUGACAGUGGAUGGAUAUGUGGACCCUUCAGGCGGGGACCGCUUUUGUUUGGGUCAGCUUAGCAAUGUUCAUCGAACUGAUGCCAGCGAGAGGGCACGGCUUCACAUUGGUAAAGGUGUUCAACUGGAGUGCCGUGGGGAGGGGGACGUGUGGAUGCGUUGCCUUAGUGACCAUGCUGUAUUCGUGCAAAGUUACUACCUGGACAGAGAGGCAGGGAGAGCGCCAGGGGAUGCCGUUCACAAGAUCUACCCAGGAGCCCUCAUUAAGGUGUUUGAUCUUCGUCAGUGUCACAGGCAGAUGCAGCAGCAAGCGGCGACUGCGCAGGCAGCUGCGGCUGCACAGGCUGCAGCAGUGGCUGGGAACAUCCCGGGGCCUGGCAGUGUUGGAGGAAUCGCUCCAGCCAUCAGUCUGUCGGCGGCAGCCGGAAUAGGUGUUGAUGACCUGAGACGUUUGUGUAUCCUGCGGCUGAGUUUUGUAAAAGGCUGGGGACCCGACUACCCUCGACAGACCAUCAAACAGACACCGUGCUGGGUGGAAGUUCAUCUACACCGUGCCCUGCAGCUGUUGGACGAGGUCCUGCACACCAUGCCCCUCGCUGACCCCGGACCUGCCAACUGACCCACAGACUGCAAAAUAGACAAGCCCUGUCACAAAAACAGGGAGGACGACAGACAGAGAGAAAGAGAGACACACACCUGCACAGGCAAACAGUGACUCAUAGUACCACAUACACACAUAAGCCUUCACACACACUGUCUUUCCACAGCCUUGGCCAGCAAAGUGCCUCUGAACUGACCAGUGUUUAGUCCACUCUUGGGUGCUGUUGACCUGGUUGUCAUGGUAACACAGACCAAAGGCCCUGCUGAUGAGUUCACACUAAUGGAGGUCCAGAAGCGGUGAAAGUAAGUUGGUUAAGAGGGAGAGAAAGAUUCAUAUGAUAACACGAUUAAUAUGCUUAAUCCUCAGAGACCCAGGAAUGGAUAUUAAUGAUAUUUUUAACCCUUUAACAUGUCUGUAAAAAGCCAGUAGUUAGAAAGAAUAUUUUGUUAAGGCAAAAUUUACAUAAAGGUAUAAUUUAAAACAAAAUGUUGCAAAAAAGAAACACUGGGCAUUUUAGAGUUGUAAAAUUUCACUAUUUUUCAAAUCACUAAAUGAAAGUUUUGAAUUGACAACACAAUUUAGCACACAAAUGUUUUUGAAAAACAUAUAUCAACCAGUCAACUAGUAAGGUUAAGAA